AUGUCUCAGGAGGUUUUCAAUGAAGGUCCAACGACUUCGCAACACAUUGAAGCUGAGGAUGACGAUCAUUUCAACAAAACAACGUUCAAGUUGAAGAGGACCAGAUCGAUGGGUCUGCUUGAUGAUUUUAUUACUCAGACCCACUCUUUAGAUACUGAUUCUAUUCCAGAUAAAGAAGCAAAAUUAAGUUCAAAAGACUUUGUUUCAGAUGAGACUUUGCACAAAUUGAAUAUGAAUUCAACACUCGAUGAGACAGAGAAUGUGCCUCGAUUCUAUACAAGUGUCGUGCCGUCUGCUUCGAAGAACAAGAAAACAAUUCCUUCCUACUCUCCCCAGAGUUUUCAAAGUGAGGAGACCUCUGACGAAAAUUGCUUUUCUGAAGACUCCCUGAGUUCUACAGGAUCGGGGAAUUCUGUUAGUCUCAUACCAAAACAUCAGUUAAAGAAAUAUCAACAUGGCAAGCAAAACGAGACGCUUGCUCCGACGCUAACUUCUCAACAGCACUUACACGAUGACAUUGACGUACAACAUUCUCCUGAACAGCACGUCGAUUAUCUAUCCCACAACUGGGAUGAAUUGGAAAUAUCCAAAUCUUGGAGAUACGUAACUUUGAAGAGAAAUGAUUUUGCAAAUUCUGCAAGACUUGAGAAUGCAUCAUGGAGAACAUGGGCUCAGGCCCGGAAUGGUUUGAAAACGAUCUCACCUGCAGAACUGAACUGGAGUAAAGAAAGUGAUGUUACUUGGUUGUAUGGGCCACUUUACAAAGAGGAGAAGUACGGUUUUGAUAUAGUGGACUUCAAAAAACAACAACAUAAGAAAAGACAAGAGUCAUCUGGUGGAAGUUCUCAGGGUAACGUUGACAUGGAAACUCCUACCAAAGAUACCAGUACAAUGAAAAAUGAUAAUGAUGACAGGGACAAUAAUGAGAAAGAUAAACAUUCUGAUCAUUUGAAACCAAUACUGAAAAAGCGUUCCAAUGUUGAAAAAAUGAUCAGCGAUGCUUCGUAUUCAAGACUCCAAAGUCUGCUCGAAGAGCAUGACCAUAAAUUCAAAGGAAGUCCUGUUUUGGAACCAUUUUCGAAUUCAUUGAACGAUUCUUCUUCUCCUGCUAAUAGUUCCGCAAACCAUACGAACAAUGACGAUGCUUCUCCAUUUACCCUUUCGGCUAACCAGACAACUGAGGAUGUUCAUAAAGUGGACGGUCAAGCACAGCAAAAUCCUGCUGCGAAUAAAAAAGAGAGGAAGAUUCAUUUCAACAUGAGAGUUGAUCAAUGUAUUGCAAUUGAUGACAUAGAGUCGGAUGCAGAUACAGGCUAUCAAAAUGACUCCGAUGAUGGAGGACCUCCUCGGACAAUAUUACGCUCAAAAAAUGACUAUGAUGAUGAUGAUGAGGAUAUGGGUUAUGAUGAGGAAGACGACGAUGAUGGUGAUGAUGAAGGAGGCUUCAUGCUACAUACAAGAGUGACCUCCCCGAACAUAUCUCACAGACCACCUAACUGGUCGCGUAACUCCUCAAGUGCUAACACUAGAGAUGAAUCUCCAUCAUCUGGAAACAUGAAACCCAUUGCAACUAUAGCACCACUUCCUGCCACAACACUGAAGACCUGCUCGGACGAUGAUGAAUCUGAUCCCUAUACUGUAUCACAUAACACAAAAACCAACCGAGGGUACGAUUAUUAUUAUGAUUACAACACUGUUUACGACGACUCAACAAAUCCUUUGUAUUCUGUCAUUAAUAGCCAACAAAAUGUCCAGUUGUUUGAUGUACCAGAAAGUUGUCAAAUUGAGGACGUGAUGGAUGUCGAUGCCAAUGGACAUCCUGAAAACCUGAUUAUCUCACCUGUUGGUACACGACCUGAAAUUGAAAAUGCACCUUCUACAUCAUCACAGCUAGUACAUGAGGAUAUCCCUUCCCAUUUGCAAAAAUUCAUACCAAGCGAAUUAUCAGAUCAGCCCUUGCGAUAUGAGAAGCCGCAACAGCCCGAAAAUAGCCCAGUAUCAUGCUCCCAGAUCAAACGCAAUACGAGCGUUGGACAUGGUUCCUCAAAUUCAAAUUCAUCAGCUAGUCUUUCAACAAUCAAAGUCGGUUUGAGCGGUUUAGAUCUUGGGCAUACUGGGCUCAGGAAAAGUCUCGGUUCCGGGUCCAAACCACAACUAUAUCAAAUGUCUGAGCAGUCUGGAGGCUCCCAGUUUUCUAUACCUGGUUCUUCGGCCUCGAUGAGUCUUGACCGCAAAAAGUUUGUCUUCAGUUCUGAGUCAGACGAUUCGUCCUGCUCAGAUGAGGAAAUGGAGAUAAAUCCACCUAGACGGCCAACUUCGUUGUCACCUUGA